AUGAUUUUUCUGCUAUUGUUCGCCGGCCUCAUUUCAAUCGCGUUUUACAAUUUUUAUUGGAAAAGACGCAAUUUGCCGCCAGGACCACUGCCACUCCCUUUAAUUGGCAAUUUGUAUCUGAUGACCGAUGACGUCAAACCGGGCUACAAGUUGUGGGAAAGUCUAGCCAAACAAUAUGGUCCGGUCUACACAUUCUGGAUAGCAAAAUUGCCGGCGGUUCACGUAACCGAUUGGGAGCUGAUCAGGCAGCAUUUCAUAAAGGAUGGCUCGAAAUACAUCGGACGUCCUGAAUUCCCGAUGUCGAUUAUUAUGAGAAAGGGACCUUAUGGAAUUGUGGAAUCGUAUGGCGAUCGAUGGGUCCAGCAACGACGAUUCGCGCUGCACGUUCUUCGCGAGUUCGGAUUGGGCAAAAAUUUGAUGGAGACGAGAGUGAUAACAGAAGUCGAUAUUCUGUUGAAAGAAUUGAAGAGGGAAUGCAAUGAUGGUCCAAUCGAUAUGAAAAAUCGUUUCGAUGCCUCGGUUGGAUCAAUCAUUAAUCAUUUGCUGUUCGGCUACCGAUAUGACGAGACCAAUAUGGACGAGUUUCUCCGUCUGAAACAUGGCCUAAAAAGGCAUUUCGAUGAAGCUGCAAAACCAAUUGCGGGUCUCAUCGCGAUGAAUCCAUGGCUCGGCCAACUUCCAUUCUUCAACAACUAUUAUAACACCUUCAUGAACAAUUGGAAUGAUCUUCAAAGUAUGUUCAGAAGGCAGUACAUGGAAAAGAUUAAAGCUGUCGACUAUGAUAGUGAUGAGUAUUCGGAUUAUGUUGAAGCAUUUUUGAAGGAGAGGAAAAAGCAUGAAGACGAGCCCAAUUUUGGGGGAUUUGAGUAA